AUGUCUGUCCAACAAAUAACAUCUUCUCCCACUGGAGACUCACUCCAAACCAGCCAAGUCUCACAGCUUGAGCGACAUGGAUACUUGUUUGGCAAGAAACUAACAGCAUCGCUGUCGCCUUUUCUUCACGAUGUUAUCUACAAAGCCCUUGGUUACAACUGGGGCCAAGUUCGUCUUGACUCGGCUGAUAUUGAUGGCUUCUUGAAACUUGCGCAACACCCUGACUUUUACGGCGCUUCAGUGACUAUGCCCAACAAAGUCGCCAUCAUCCCUUAUCUGGAUGAACUCACAGAAGAAUGCCGCGACGUCGGCGCCUGCAACACUCUUUACCUCCGUGAAAGAGACGGCCGUCGCAUCUUUUGUGGCGCCAACACAGACGUCAUUGGCAUUAGGGACUCUUUCUACCAAAACAUUGAGAGCCCUGAUGCCGUUUUCCACAACAAGCCCGCUCUCGUUGUCGGCGGCGGCGGCGCAGCCCGAAGCGCAAUCUACGCUCUGCGCAAGAAGAUGCAGGCAACAACCAUUUACCUCGUCAACCGUGACGAAGCAGAGGUAGAAGCCGUCAUCGCCGAUUGUGUAUCCCGCGGAUACGGCGAAGGCUUGCUCCACGUCAAGACCGUCGCACAAGCCUCAUCCCUGGAAGCAGCCGGCGCCAUCGUCGCAUGCGUACCAGACUUUGAGCCCGUGACAGAAGAAGAGAUUGUCGCUCGUGCUGUCACAGAAGCUUUCCUCGACAAGCCCCAAAAGGGCGCCAUCCUGGAGAUGUGCUACAACCCCACACCGUUUACGAAGCUGGGCUCUAUAGCAGAGGACAAAGGGUGGAAGGUCAUCUUGGGUACCGAGGCGUUGAUAUACCAGGGACUCGAGCAGGACAAGUACUGGACGGGCAAGACGUUGGAGGAGAUGCCGAUUGAAAAGGUGCAUAUUGCUAUUGCCGAAAAGGUUGCCCAGAGGGCUGAGGCAAAGUUGUGA